UUCCGGCGGCGGCGCAGUCUGACGGAGCUUGGGCGCCGGCCGCGUUCCAGCGGGUCUUCCUGGUGGUGCCGCGGUCUGGCCCUGUUCUGGGCUCCCAGGCUGGGGCGGAGCCUGGUGCCCCCCUCCGUGAGGACGUGAUGCCCAAGCUGCAGGGGUUCGAGUUCUGGAGCCGCACCCUGGGGGGCGCUCGCCAUGUGGUGGCGCCCAUGGUGGAUCAGAGCGAGCUGGCCUGGAGGCUGCUGAGCCGCCGCCAUGGGGCACAGCUCUGCUACACUCCUAUGCUGCAUGCCCAGGUCUUUGUCCGGGACGCCAACUACCGGAAGGAGAACCUGUACUGCGAAGUGUGUCCUGAGGACAGGCCGCUCAUAGUGCAGUUCUGUGCCAAUGACCCUGAGGUGUUUGUCCAGGCAGCUCUCCUGGCUCAGGAUUACUGUGAUGCAAUUGAUCUGAACUUGGGCUGCCCACAGAUGAUAGCCAAAAGGGGGCACUACGGCGCCUUUCUGCAGGAGGAGUGGGACCUGCUGCAAAGCAUGAUUCUGUUGGCCCAUGAGAAACUCUCAGUUCCGGUCACAUGCAAAAUCCGCGUCUUCCCAGAGAUAGACAAGACUGUGAGGUACGCCCAGAUGCUGGAGAAGGCUGGCUGCCAGCUGCUGACGGUACAUGGGCGCACCAAGGAGCAGAAGGGGCCCCUGUCAGGAGCAGCGUCCUGGGAGCACAUUAAGGCUGUGCGGAAGGCUGUGGCUAUCCCAGUAUUUGCCAAUGGGAAUAUCCAGUGCCUGCAGGACGUGGAGCGGUGCAUCCAGGACACAGGCGUGCAGGGGGUCAUGAGUGCAGAGGGCAACCUGCACAACCCUGCACUGUUUGAGGGCCGGAGCCCUGCCGUGUGGGAGCUGGCUGAGGAGUACCUCGACAUUGUGCGGCAGCACCCCUGCCCACUGUCUUGCGUCCGGGCCCACCUCUUCAAGCUUUGGCACCACACGCUACAGGUGCACCAGCAACUUCGAGAGGAGCUUGCCAGAGUGAAGACCCUGGAGGGCAUCGCUGCUGUGAGCCAGGCGCUGAAGCUGCGGUGCCAGGAGGACAUGUCGCGGCAGGAGGAGGGAGCCAGGCCCACUGGUGACCUGCCUUUCUUCCACUGGAUCUGCCAGCCCUGCGUCCGGCCAGGGCCCAAGGAGAGCACCAAGGAAAGCAGUGGUGGCCGUAGCAAGAGGGCCCUGGAGGAAGAGGAGGGUGGCACAGAUGGCCUGUCCAAGAACAAGCAGAAGAAGCAGCUGCGGAACCCCCACAAGACCUUCAACCCAUCUCUGAAACCAAAAUAUGCAAAGUGUGACCAGUGUGGAAACCCAAAGGGCAACAGGUGUGUGUUCAACCUGUGCCGGGGCUGCUGCAAGAAGCGAGCCUUCCGAGAGACAGCAGAUUGCCCAGGUCACGGGUUACUUUUUAAAACCAAAUUAGAGAAGUCUCUGACUUGGAAAGGGACCCAACCUGGGCUGCAGGAGCCUCCACAGACAGGGCCUGGAGCACCAGGUGGCUUCUCUGAGGUUGUGGGCAGUGCCCUGGCCUGAGGAGUCAGCAGGAGCCACCCCCACUCCGGGCCUGCAGCUGAGGCCUGGACACUUCUUAAGGAACUGCCUUUACUCAGGGAAUCUCCUGCUGGUUUACAUGGAAGGACAUGCCGACAUCCUCCCUGGCCCAUACUGGGACCUGGCAAUGCUGCACCCAGGCAGGCCCAGGCUGGACCUGCCUUGUGCACAGCUUGUGUGUUCAAAAGUGAACAAUAAAUCAUUUCAGAGACACAUGUGCAGACAGCCAA